CAUGUAGUAACUUCGCUUGGCGUCAAGUAUCACACAUUUAAAAGCUAAGCAAGCAAAAAGGAAAAAAAAAAUAAAUGGGUCCCCCGCCCGUAACCAUCCAUCAGCCGCUUGCCCGCUGACUUCAUUCUUUGUUUGUGUGUCAGUACGUUCGCACGUCUGGAAAAUUUUUUUUCCGUUCGUUCCUUUUUUUGUUCUUUGCGCAGUGUUUUGGUUAUGCCGGGGUUUCGUCGUAUUAGGGCACGGAGUCCUAAGGGGAAGAGUGGCAGGAUCCUGAAGGUGUUGGAGGAUUUGGAGAGGCGAGUUAAAGGAAUUGAAGGUCGGGGGCGGCGACGUAGAAGUCGACGUUUACUUUCGUCUUCGUCAUCGUCCAGAAGCUCGUCUCCUGCGGCUGCCAGUCCGUCGCCUAUUCGUCACCGACGGUCUCGCUCCCUUUCUCGUUCUCGCUCUCGUUCACGCUCACGCUGCGGAUUUCCCAUCCGCAUUAGUGAGGUCCGUCGCAGUCGAGACUCUCCGAUUUCGAGCGACGCAGUAGCAGAGGACGUUUCAAUGGCAGAUAACAUUAUUUUCGAAGGGGAGGCCGCCCAAGGUUCAGCGGCGGCCCUAAGUGAAGAUGUGUUGGACAUCUUAGGACCUAAUGAGGCACCCACCAUUGUGCAUGGGCCAAAAAUUAAUGGUAAUUUGGUGCCACGGUGGGAAAGCAUUUUGCAAUCAGGGCUGUCAGAUGAAGACAGGAACAAGUCUCUGUCAAAACUCCCUCCACCUGAAAAUUUCCAGAAAUUACUUGCACCACAAUUAAAUGCAAUGUUGGAAAAAGCCAUUUCUCUGUCGCAAAUUGCAAGAGACCUUAAAUUGCAGAAACUACAACAAUUGGUGGUAGGCAGCAUCUCCGCCGUGGGCCAGGUCCUCAGUUCAAUUCUAGCAGAGCCAGGGGGGGGAGACAGGCAUCAUAUUGAACUGUUAUAUGGGGCAGGGAGUUUGUUGGCGGAUUUGUGGCAUUUUCAAACAGUCACACGCAGGGACUUAAUCUCUAUCAACCUGAGUAAGGAAUUUCAAGAAGCCAAUAAGCGGAUUUCCCUGGAUAACUUUCUAUUUGGAGAAGAUCUACAGGAAAGGUUAAAAGUUUUCAAAAAUUUGGAAGACUGUGGAAAAACCCUCAAAGCAAGACCCCCCAAAACCGCUUCAACACCAUCAAGGUCAAGAUCCAACACUAGUGCUUUGAGUUCAAGGUCUUUAAACUACAGAGCCCCGACUCGGGUCCUGCGGGGAGCUCACCGAGGAAGGGGCAAUUUCCGUCAACAAGCUCCUUACCCACUCAGACAACAAGCUCCACAGCAGUUCAGACAACCUCCGAGGGACCCGAAGAAGCACCGUUUUCGAGGCCACUUUUAAAGGAUACCACAUCCCCUAUGGAGAAAAACUACCCUGGUGGCCGGGAUUGUAUCAUCAAAGCCUUGAAAGCCAUGGGGAUUCCUUCUGAAUCCCUAGAGAUCUGUUUAGCCUCAAUAACUCCCAAUACUAUUAAG